AUGUCCUCUCCCUCAUCAGCAGGUUCAAGCGUGGGGAAACGGAAGAGAACGGCCACGAUGCCAUCAGCGAACAAGUCAUCGACAAUGGAUUUAUUACAACCUUCGUCGCGCGAUGCCUCGGGUGAAGAUGGCGAAUCUACAGCUCCAGAAUCGACUGGCGUAGGCCAUAAGAAGGGAAACUCAAUCGACUCCAACCCUCCAGCGAAGAGAUUCCGAUCAAGUACACACGAGAAGAUCACAAAUGGAUCUGACAAUGUCCAGGAUCCGGGCGAGCCAUCAGAUACGACCGAAGGGAGUACAGAUAUAGCAAACCGCGUUGGACGGAAACCGCGAAAGAGCAUUUCGAAGGACGAGAGUGAUGAGAAGCAUGCAACCAUGGCACCUCCACCAAUUGGAAAGUUGACAGAUCCUGUCGGCUACAAAACAAAUCUACCUCCGGCUGGCAGAGCUGUUCGAGUCUAUGCAGACGGUGUCUUUGACUUAUUUCACCUUGGACACAUGCGCCAACUCGAACAGGCCAAGAAAGCAUUCCCUGACGUUUAUCUUAUUGUUGGUGUAACGGGCGACAAGGAAACACACAAACGCAAGGGACUUACAGUCCUCUCUGGACAAGAGAGAGCUGAGACGGUUAGGCAUUGCAAGUGGGUGGAUGAAGUUAUUGAGGAUUGCCCCUGGAUUGUGACGCCUCAAUUCUUGGAAGAACACAAGAUUGAUUAUGUUGCGCACGACGAUCUCCCAUACGGCGCAGAUGAGGGCGAUGAUAUCUAUAAGCCUAUCAAGGAAGCUGGCAAGUUCUUGGUCACGCAGAGGACAGAGGGCGUCAGUACCACAGGGAUCAUUACAAAGAUUGUGCGUGAUUACGAGAAGUACAUCGCACGUCAAUUCAAGCGUGGUACCUCACGUCAGGAACUCAAUGUAUCAUGGCUUAAGAAGAACGAACUUGAUCUCAAGCGACACGUUUCAGAGAUGAGAGAAGCCAUUCGAACGAAUUGGACAACUACUGGGCAAGAACUGGGCAAAGAAUUGAGACAAUUUUGGCAAGCUAGUCGACCAGGUUCUCCAGCUCGUAUGGCAAGCUACGAUGAUUCGAAAGGUACUCUUACGAGUCCCUCUGCUCUUUCACAUCUCAGCCGCCGUCUGGAGAUUCCAAGAGGUGAUAGUCCAGGCCCAGGUAGCGAUUUUGCUACUGGAUACAGUUUGGGCUUAAUCGGCGGUGUUCGGUCAUGGAUGACCAGGAGUCGCCAGACCAAUCGUGAUAGUCAGCAUGGCAGUGAUAGUAGCGAAGAGGACAGUGACGAGCGCUCACCACCUCGAGGCAGAACUGGCAAGGCUGACGAUGCUGCUGAGACCGAUGAAAUGCAGGUCGAUGCUCAGAUCGACGCUAUGAUGGGCGAGAACUCGAAAAGUUCUGGUGCUUGAGCCGGGGAUAGCAAUGCUUGCUUCUGUCACAAAAGCGGUUUUUCUGUAGACUUUCUUGCAGUAUAUAUCCUCUUCGUUCAACUUACGAUACUUGUAUUAAUUCUAGAGACGCUCAAAAUCACAGGGAAGUCAAAUAUGCAUGCAAAAUGUAGAGUAGCACUUUCUAAACUCUCAC